AUGACGAAAAUGCACGGUAUGGAGCUCGAACGCAGGAUACGAGAUGAAAUUGACGCGCAAGCGGAAAGACUGUUGUCGCUCACACAGGAGCUCGUGCGCACUCCCUCGACGAACCCACCGGGUGAUGUGUCUGCGGUGGCCAAGACGGCGGCGGAUCAGAUUCGAGAGUUAAUACCGGAUAGCGAGAUCUCCACCAUCGAGACCGCCCCAGGUAUCACCAACGUUGUCGCUGUCAUUCGAUCGGGGCGCCGCGGAAAGCGUCUGGUUUUCAGCGGCCACCUGGACACGUAUCCGACCGGCGACGCUGAGCGGUGGACGCGUUCUCCAUUCAGCGGCGAACUGAGCAGCGAUGGCAAGCACGUCUACGGGCGUGGCGUGUCGGACAUGAAGGGCGGCAUAGCAGCGUCCGUCAUUGCGGUGCAGGCUCUUUCUCGCUGCAAAGACGCCUGGAGCGGCGAUGUGGUGAUUGCAUUAGCCGGAGACGAGGAGACCAUGGGCACGCUUGGAACGGCGCAUCUGCUCAAGAAUGUUGCAGAGGUUGGCGAGGCAGAUGCGAUGAUCUGCGGCGACGCUGGGUCGCCGCUCAUUGUACGUGCCGGGGAAAAGGGCCUGCUCUGGCUGGAGGUCGAGGCCAAAGGCAAGCCAGCGCACGGGGCUCAUGUCCACCGGGGCAGCAACGCAAUCGACCGUCUGAUGGCGGCACUUUCGAAGCUCAAAUCGUUGGAAAAACUGGAAAUUACGGCACCGAAAGAGGUGGAGGACGCCAUCAGAGCCGCCAAGUCUGUGUCGGAGCCCUUGGGAGGAGCCGGCGAGGCGGCGGUCCUCGGGAGCGUGACGGUCAACAUUGGCACGAUAUCAGGCGGCACGUCGACGAAUUUGGUGGCGGAAAAGGCGUCGGCGUCGCUAGACAUUCGGCUGCCGAUGGGCAUCUCGACGACUGCACUGAUUGAGGAGAUGAAGAAAAUGCUCGACUCGGCAGAUGGCAUCACAUAUCGUGUUGUGCGGGCCUACGAACCGUCGUGGACCCCGGCGGACGAAGAAAUUACAAGACACGCGCUGGAUGUGACAAGGCUGACGGUGGACGAGCGGGCCGUGGUGAACAUGCGAGUCGGGGCUUCUGAUGCGCGGUUAUUUCGGGCGGCCGGGAUCCCGUCGGUGGUGAUUGGAGUAACGCCUCACAACAUGGGGGCCCCGGAUGAGCACGUCGAGGUUGCGGAGCUGGUGCAGGUGGCGCAAAUCCACGCAUUGACGGCGUAUAGGUUUCUCAAGACAUGCGAAUAG